GUGUCGAUUCGUAUAUACCGUCGCGAUCUUUCUUUCAAACGUUAAAAUCAAAGAAAAUGUUAUAAAACCAACUGCAGAUAGGUCAUACAAGUUAUUUUGCAAAAGAACGUGUAAUUGUAUUGACUUAAAAUAAUUUAAUUUAAUUUUUUUUUUCAAUUUUUUUUUUCUUUACCAACAAAUCGUGUAUGGUUGUGCCUGUAAUAUCGCAUUUUAUAAUAUCGGUUUUCUUCAAUUAAUUCGAGUUUUCAAAUUAAAUUCAAGUGAAUUGGUGAACGACUUUGGUGUAUAUAUCGAGAAGAGGAUUAAAGUUGGAAUAGAAUAACAAUAAAAAUUCAAUAACUUUGAUUGUAAGUAAGGUACUGCACUACACACGACUCGCAGACUCGUUGAAAGCAAAUUUUAAUUAAAACAGAAAAAAAAACAAAAGCCAAAAAGAAUUCAUAUAAUUUUUGUGUGUUCUGUGCAACAUAAUAGAGAAGUGAUUUUUAUCUAGUGAAUUUUCGAUUGGACAUCGCUAGAGUGCAAAUCAGCUGGAUACAUUUUAUUGGAUUACAAUCUUCUAUUCGUUGUGACCAAGCGUAUUUGAAUCAAAAAAACAAUAAUUAUGCGGUGGAGAACAACGUUACUUCCGAUUGUUAUCAGUCUUGCAAUUGUUGCCGUUGACGCUCAAAGCAGACAUCUGAGAAUCCGAGGACGACCAAUUCAACAGGAAUCCGACGAAAAUCUGGAAGAAGAAUAUGUCGACGAAGAGAAUACCCAACAGCCGGCAUUGCAGUACUACACAUCGGAUUCGAGAAACAAUAAUGGACGAGUUGUACUAGUAUCAUCGGACGAUGAAUACAAUGGAUUGUAUGGAAAGCCAACAACUCCAACACCCCGAGCACGAGUUGAUUACAACCGACCAGUAGCUAAAUCAUCGACACAGGCGCCCAGGCUGAAGGAUCAAGGAUCGAAGCCACCUCCAGUUCAGACAAUUCGAAAUUACAGCAAAGUAAACGAUGAUGGAUCGUUUACAUUCGGAUACGAAGCAGCUGAUGGAUCAUUUAAGGAAGAAACUCGCGGUACGGAUUGCGUGGUUCGAGGCAAAUACGGCUAUGUCGACCCUGAUGGCAACAAAAGAGAAUUCACAUAUGUGUCUGGAAAUCCAUGCGAUCCCAAUCAUCCAGACGAAACAGAAGAGGAACCAGAACGAUCGGAGGAAGAAUCAAAUGAACCAGAAAAUAUUCCUCAAAAUUACCCACGUCGUCCAGUUAAACCAUUAGCUCCACGACCAUCAGCAAGACCUGUUCAAACUACCACACAUGCUCCUCCAACAACCGUUUUCCAAAAUAUAUAUUCAAGUGCUGGCUAUGAACAAAGUGAGGAAGAUGAGCAGCCAGAGCCUAUUCAACUUUUGCAACAACCUCAACAGUUCCAACGUGCACGACCUGCUCAAUCCGUCCAUCCCUUAAACCAAGCUGAAGUGAAUAUUCGUCAACGUCCAAGAAUUACGGUCGCAAAUACCACUCCUACUCCAGCAUACAAUUCACCCACCAAAGAAACACACCCAGUAAGUAUUACUCCACGACCAACGUAUCGAGUAUCACAACAAAGUCUUCAGACACAACCACCAGCAACAACGUACCGACCAAACGUUCAAUUCAUUACACAAAAGCCGGCAUCAAUUUCAUACUCACCAUCAUCUACACCAUCACAUCUCUCCGUUGAACCGAUAACAAAGAGUGCUUACGCCACAAGUCGUAAACCAAUUGACUUUGCUAACGAGUUCCAAAAAUUCCAACAAGCCCACAACGUACAAUCAACAACUACUCGACCCCAAGCACAACAAGUGAAGGUAUUCAAACCAUCUCAAUCAGAUGCAUCGAAUCCAAUUUACGAAUCGCAACUCGUUUUCGAUCCAUCGACCGGACAAUAUGACUCUGCACUAUACCAACAACUUCCCCAAAGUGAUGGUGACUUCUCGUUGAACCAUCGCAUCCAACCAUACGUCCACCAACCAGAAUUCAAUCAACAGCAUCAGCUGUUCAAUUUGGAACAAAUCCAGCCACAAAGUGGCCAGCCACUUUACCACCGACCCAGUCCACAGCCGACUCGUUCGCCACUCCAAUUUCCCCAAUUCUCUCAGCAAGUCUACCAAAAAGAACACGAGAAUACACAAGUGCUCAGCUCACAGCAACUGUACGCCCAGCAACAGGAACUGCAACAACAGCAAUUGCGUCAGGACCGAUUAGAAGCGGCUAAACAAACUCCCGCCCAUAGAUUUCAACUACAAUCGCAACCACUCCGACAGGAAUAUCAAUCACAUCAACAGCCACAAGGAUUCUAUUUCGUUGCUCCACAGCAGUCGUCCGGGCAAAUUGACGAAUUUUUGAGAGGACACAACAUCGACUUUAAUUAGAGCAAUGGUGUCUUGUGUGUAAAUUAUAUUACCAUUUGUUUCUCGUUCGUGUUUAGUUUAGGUAUGAAAAUUACAGUCAAUCGUCUAUGGUAUGAGCUGUAAUGUUGUAACACUCGUUUUUUUUUGUAUCGUAUCAGACAUUGCUGAACUGAAUAUAAUGUAAUGUGGUGUAAUGUUGCGUGAUUGUGUUUACAUAGAAAAAAACCGUCUCUUUUUUUUGGUUCGGUCACCUAUCAAGUUGUGUAAAAAUGUAAGAAAAAUCAAAGAGCUCAUGUCAAAAUAAUUAAAAACAAAAAUGUUUUGUAUAUGGAAUGAUAUACACGAGAUGAAAAAUAUGAAACAGAAAUUGUUUUAGUUUAUGAACAAUGAGGUUGACUCUCCGUAUGUCAUUUCGGCAUAAUAAAUAACGAAGCAAAUUUAUGUCAAUUAAUUAGACACACGCAAUUUUCAAUAGAAAAUUAUUAUAUUUCAUUUUUUGGGUACAUAAAACACUUUUGAUUUCGGUUAUAGGCGAGAUAUGCACACCAUGUAUUUAUACACACAUUUGAAAUAUACGUACGCGCCCAAUAUUUAAAUUUAAUGCGUCAAAUUAGCUGUCAAAAUAUUCAUUGGUCAUAUAAUGUAUAUUUAUACUAUUAUGGUCAUGAUGGGUGGCAUUAUAUAACGCAUACGUAGAUUGAUGGUUAAUUUAACGCAUGAAACGAAAUAGUUAUUUACGUAUCUGUUGUGGACGGUAUAUUUUAGGCAAUUUCGCGAGUUGUAGCCCGAACGAAGUG